UCCACAUAUUUUCCAUAUUAGUUCAGCGCUGCGGGGAUUCCCAGCCGGACGGAGAAGCGGCCCCGGAGCCACCCACCAUGCCGGGCAAGGAGAAACGCACGGAGCAGCGGGCCCCCCCGACCCCCAAGAAAGGGGCCAAAGACGGACGGGAAGAGUCGCACACUUGCUGCGGCUGUCGCUUCCCCCUGCUCGUCGCUCUGUUGCAGCUCAGCCUGGGAGUCGCAGUCGCAACACUGAGCUUCACCAUGGCCUCCAACUGCCCCUCCCUGCCUGCCCGGGACACCCCGUACUGGGCCGGUAUCUGUGUGGGCGCGGUGGCGGUGCUGGGCCUGGUUCUGCUGUGCCUGCCCUACCAGCCUGACGAGAAGACUUCAUGCCAGUUUGUACUGAAGUUGCUCUACUUCCUGCUCAGCGCCCUGGGCCUCAUUGUGUGCGUCACGGCGGUGGCAUUCGCCGCCCAUCACCACUCCAACAUCUCCCGGUACAGUUGCCAUAUGGCCUCGGGCUCGUGCCACUGCACCAUGGACUCGUCGGACCCUCUGAGUCGGACCUUCCAGUACCAGAACGUGACCGACUGCGACGCCGUCACCGGCACCAUGAAGCUCUUCGUCCUGCUCCAAAUGUGCCUGAACCUGCUGCUGGGCCUGGUCUGCCUGGCUGCCUGCUUUGUCAUGUGGAAGGACCGGUACCAAGUGUUCUAUGUGGGUCUGUGGCUCCCUGCCCCCGGCACCGGCGCCGCCCAGCAACAGAAAGUAUAGGAUUUAACCCUCCGGGGGCUGCAAAACCAAAAGGAACUCACAACUCACAACAAUGCCAUAAAUGAAAGCUUUCCGGGCAGGGGGUGGGGUUCAGCCCACAAGCAGAAAAGAAUGUGUGUGUUUUGCACUGGGCUUCUUUCCUGUUAAUCGCUAAGCAUAUUCUACAGGGGGGGUCAUGUAAUGUGUGGGACCCCAAAUUAUCCGAUUAUAUGUUGGGGGUUUAUGUUGGGGGUAAUAAUUAAACUGUUUCAUUUAUUGCCCCCUCAGUACCUUCUGCCUCCCCUCUGGGCUGGUAGCCGUGCCGCCAUGAGGCCGACGCAGCAAUAAUGGACUUUCCCAGAAGCCACUGCUUUCACCGAGCACCUUGUGUGUGUGAUUGUGUUACUCUUAUUAUAAAGGAUCCUUUGCUACA